AUAGCCAAUCAGAGUGCAGGAGGCGGGAAACUUUCAGCCAAUCGCAGUGCAGGGAUGCCUCAAUUUAUUAGAAUAUAGGCGGGAAAAGAAGCGAGCUGUAAGAAAGAGAGGCGCAGAGAGACAACAGCAAUGGCGGACGAGAAACCCAAGGAAGGCGUGAAGACUGAAAAUAACGAACACAUCAACCUGAAAGUAGCGGGGCAGGACGGCUCGGUGGUCCAGUUCAAAAUCAAGAGGCACACGCCGCUCAGCAAACUGAUGAAGGCCUACUGUGAACGACAGGGACUCACGAUGAGGCAGAUCCGCUUCCGGUUUGACGGACAGCCCAUUAACGAGACGGACACGCCUGCUCAGUUGGAAAUGGAGGACGAGGACACGAUCGAUGUGUUUCAGCAGCAGACAGGAGGUGUGAUGUAAAGCAGCAUUGAGUUCAAUCCCUCCAUCCUUCCCUCCAUCAUUCCCUCCAUCGAUCUCACAAGCUUAUGUUUGAACCAUCACAGAAAAACCACGGACUGAAUCAUGGCUGCUCAGAUCCUCACAGACAGUGUUUAAUUUCUCUCUCUCUCUUUCUCUCUCUCUCUCUCUCUCUCUCUUCAUCUCUUUAAGGCUGUUAUAUGGAACAUUUUUCACCCUGUGUUCUGGCCCAUGUGGACCUUUUGACCAAAAACCAAGAAACCCUAGAACCAUGCUGAUCAGGGUGUACGUUUAUUUUUGUUUUUUCUUUUUCUGUUGUUGUUGUUGCUGUUGGUUUGUUGUUGUUGUUGUUUUCCAUUAUGAGUGACAGUCACAGCUGAACUUUAGUUUUUGUUUUAUUCACUUUACAGCUUUUAUAUCUUUUAUAAUUGUAGUAAUUCUCUUUUUUGUACCCUCUUGGUUUUAUUCAGCCACAUUUACAAUGUGCUGUGUUCAGAAAGUAGAUUUUUUUUGUGUCCAAAUAAAACCGUUGUAUAAAAUUAA